AGUUCCACGACAUUGUUUACAUCAGUGGAAGUGUUUGUAUGGAAUCGUGCAGGCCGCGCAGGGUGAUGAUGCCCCAGGAGAGCUUACCUGGUGAACAUGACCCGUGCGCCCUCGUUUCAGAACUCGCAGCACUUUUCUUGGAAUAGCGGACUCGAAGCAAUGCGAUAAAAUUGUGUGGAUACAGCGAUAAACUAGGUGUCGGGAUACUCAACUCGGCGUACAGGAGGGAUUUGAUCGUCAUCGAGCGCGACCUGGAAGUUGUACUAGAACAGAUGAGCAUGGCAGCAAGAAGCAUGAGCUCCCUGAACGCACCCCAAAAGGAUAGUCGUCUGACUCGGGCCGUGCCACUUUCCACUUGAACUGGGCCAAGUUGACCUUCCCGCCGAUGCUUUCGAAUUUGUCCACCAUGUCCUUCAGUACGGCUCGAUCCCAGGGAGACUCCGCGCGCUGGGCUUCAGGCCAAUUUUGGGGAACGGUGCGAGUCGGAAAGAGCAGGGGCCUAGUUGCAAUCGGAGUGCAGAACCCAUCCAAAAAAGCUCACAAAUUGGGCUUGGAAUGCCGUACAGGUUGUUGAAAGACAUCGAAAAGAACAUUGCCCCAUUGCAGCUGCGGCCUUCCGGUGACUGCAUAAAUAUCUGAUAUUUGGGCAAGAGCAGGAUUGCAUCUCUGAAUUCCGCAGCUGUGAUUGUGUAGCCCACGACGAAAGGAAAGGAUGGCUUCGCGCGAGCGCGCCGUUUUGACUUCUGAGUAGAGGGG